AUGAAUCGAGAUAUCAGUCCACCUCCCUCGAAACGACGCAAGGUCGCGACAAACACAGCGACGUCUCCCGGGCAAACGGCGCCUCCAAGCACGCCCGCAUCUCCAACGCCCCUUCCACCUCUCGACUCAAAUACAUUACGCAUUUUCUCUUGGAAUAUCGAUGGCAUUGCUCCGUUCCUAACAAAGCCAAUCACGGAAUUCUUCAUUCCCAAAUCGAAAACGGCACUCAGGGACGAUGCAAAGAACGCCCGACCAGCAGCCUCCCUAAGAGGUUUCCUGCACAGACACCAAUGGCCGUCCAUCCUCUUCCUCCAAGAAGUCAAGAUAGCCCACACAGACGAAAAAACCCAAGACGCAGUCAAAAAAGCAGUAAAAUCACCCCUACCAGAGGAAGAAGGAACUCCCCAUAAUAAGCGCCCACUAUACCACGUCCACUUCACCCUCCCCACCGACCUCCACAACGCCCGCGGCCCCAAACGCAGCGGCAAAAUCUACGGCGUAUGCAGCCUAAUCCGACGCGACCUCUAUAUCCCCUACAAAAUCGCCCUUCGCACCGUAGACUGGGACGCCGAAGGCCGCAUUUCCGUCGUAGAACUCCGCUCGAAAACCAGCACAGCCAAACUCGCCGUCUUCAACAUCUACGCCGUUAACGGAACGGAAAACGCGUAUCGAGACCCGCAGACCGGUGCGUUUAAAGGAACGAGACAUGAUCGGAAACGCGCGUUUCAUAAACUUCUGGCGAGGGAGUGCAGAGAGCUGGAGGAGCAAGGCUGGGAUGUAUUACUCGCAGGCGACAUGAACAUCGCGCCUGACGAGCGAGAUGGGUAUCCCAAACUACGCAUCUUCCCACAGGCACAUGUAGUUAACCGAGCGGAUUUCCACGAUAAGCUGCUGGGAGGCGGUGGGAAGGCGAAGGAGCCGUUUGAUGGGAGGAAGGAAAUGGGGGAGUAG